AAUUGAACGCUCAUAUUGAUAAUGAUAGCAUUGAUUGUAUGAGCGAGAAUUGUUUUUUUUUUUCAUAUCAGGUUUUAUGUUGUAUUAUAGCAGGUGAACUGUGCAUACAGUUGCCAGCGCCAGGUUUGGAUAUUUGAAAGGGUGUCAUUAUUGAGGUAGCCAGAUAGCAUUUGAAUCCCGAAGCACUGGUUGGUCUAAAGAAUUAAUUAAGGAUUGUGCAUCAUUUCAUUACACAAACACCUCUCAACUACUAGUACAAUAUGGGCACCGGGACUAGCAAGGGGAGAAGAGCGGAAGGAAGCGGGCAUAGCGGAGGAGGAGGAGGAGAAGGAGGUGGUCAUGGUGGUGGAGGUGGAGGAGGAGGUGGAUAUGGUAGCGAACGGCCGACUGAUGACAUCUAUUCAGAGUGGCUGAUCUCGUGGAUGAAUCACUUAGGGCCUGUGGAGACCUUUGAAGAGGAGAACGAUUUAGACGACGAUCCCGUACCUGACGGGGGAGAAGGCGGAGGAGGAGCUGAAGGAGGAGGAGCAGCAGCAGCAGGAGGAGGAGAUGGAGAGGCAGCAGGAUCGGGUGGAACAGGAGAAACUCCAGCUGCAGGUGGAAAUGCAGGCGGGGGACAACCGGAGCGUCCAAAGGUGUCAUCGCUCAAGAUUACCGGUGUUGAACUCAAUUCAAGUUCUAAUGGCUUCUUGCACAUGACGGAUGAGUAUGAAUAUGACGAUAAAACCGGUCGAGAACUCAUCAUCCGGAGGGGCCAGGAGUUCAAAAUAGACAUCAACCUGAGCAGACCAUUCAAACCAAACAAGGAACGCAUCAUCCUCCAGCUAACAGCUUCUGCCAAGUGUCCAAGACCAACGGACGGUACUGUCAUAAAUCUGGACAUCAACGGCACGUACAAAGACGAAAAUUGGAGCGCUAAGAUGGAAUCCUCCGAAGACAAAUCCAUCAAGGUCACAGUGAACAGCGCCCCCAAUGCUAUAGUCGGCACUUACAAGGUAACUGUCAAAGUCGAAAAUAGCGCCAAUGGAAUGGAGACGGUGUUCCCUCAAGCGAGAAAGGUCUGGCUUCUCUUCAACCCAUGGUGCAAACAAGAUGCAGUGUACAUGGAAGACAAGGCCGAACGAGAUGAGUACGUCAUGGCUGACACGGGAAGAAUCUGGAGAGGCAGUGAGCGGAACAACCGACCUAAACCCUGGGUUUUUGGCCAGUUUGACCUGGACGUUCACCGGGUGGUCUUUGAGCUCUUGGAGGCACACGUAAAACCGAAGGACAGGCGCAGCGCUGUUAAGGUAUCGAGGUGGUUCUCUUACAUCAUCAAUGAGUUUGUCCUGGUGGGCAACUGGAGUGGGAACUACGAAGGGGGGACCAGACCAACGGCAUGGAAAGGAAGCGUGAAGAUCAUCGAAGAGUAUGGAACCACCAAGAAGCCUGUCAAGUUCGGCCAGUGUUGGGUGUUCUCAGGGGUCUUGACCACCUUCCUUCGCUGUGUUGGGAUACCGACCCGUAGCGUCACAAACUUCGACUCAGCUCAUGACACAGAACUCAACAUGACGAUCGACAACUAUCAAGACGCCGAAGGCAACGAACUGAGUUCUUCAUUUUUCGCCUUUAGGGUAGGAGAAAAGGAUAGGGAGAGGUCAACAGCAGAUUCUAUCUGGAAUUUCCACGUUUGGAACGAGUCAUGGAUGACGAGGAAAGACCUCCAUGGCAGUGACUUUGAUGGCUGGCAGGCUGUCGAUUCAACCCCGCAGGAACUAAGCGAAGGUAAAUACCAGUGUGGCCCAGCUCCUCUGAAUGCAAUCAAACGUGGAAUUGUGAACGUAGGAUAUGAUGCAGGAUUUGUCUUCGGCGAAGUGAAUGCAGACAGAGUAACCUGGCUAGUUGAAGCUUACCCUAAUCAUCGUGAAGGAUUGAAAUACACACAACUGUCUUGUCAGAAAGACAGCGCCGGUCACGUGAUCAGUACGAAACAAGUAGGAUCUAAAGAAAGGAAUGACGUCACUCUCCUUUAUAAAUUCAAAGAAGGCAGUCCUGAAGAACGUGCCGCGGUCGAAGAAGCGGUCAGCAAAGGGAUUAACUGCGGACUGUACGAUGCAGACGGCAUACCAGAUGAUAUAUCGGUGAACGUGCAAUGCAAGGAUGAUCUUUGGAUUGGUGAUUCUUUCAGCGUCACUAUCGAGACGAAAAAUGAGAGUGACUACGCCAAGGAUAUUCACAUCAAGACGAUCGUUAGCAGCGUCCUAUACACAGGUUUACCAAAAGCUACGAUCAAAACUGAGGAAACGGGUUAUUUUGAGCUGGGCAGCAAAGAGAGCAAGCUCAAUGAAGUCCUUGUCGACUACGAGGAUUAUGGCAGCAAGCUAGAUGACGAGGGGAUGUUCCUUGUUCAUGUCAUCGUAAAAGUCAAGGGAAGCACGAGACCGAUCACCAAGCGUGAAAACAUUCGACUGAAACAACCUGACCUUGAUGUGACAGCGGAAGUUGACGGGUCAAAAGUCGCUCUCACGGCCGAGUUCAAGAACCCAUUGAAUAAAACCCUAAAGGAUUGUGAGUUCUCCGUCGAAGCCCCGAAGCUUGUUAAGCCAUUCAAGGUCAAAAGAGAGGAUAUUGGACCCAAAGAGAGUAUAACGUUCAAGUACUCAUUCCAAGCUCGAACAACUGGACGGAAGACCGUGGUCGUCGAGCUCGAUACCCAUCUCCUUAAGGACAUCGAUGGGGAAGUCGAUGUUGAAGUCAAGCCCUAAGUCGCCCAAAUGGUUGAACGAUUUCGUGAAUGCCAUUGCCGAUAAGCCGUACCUAUUCCAAUAUGAGAUGUUUUCCUGAUUGUAUUGUGCAUAUGCAAGUUUUUCAGUUACCCUCUGAAAGGUAGUUGGGUUACUCAAGGGUAGGAAAAGCAAAGGUUUUUAAGCGCUGUAAUAUUUAAAGAUAUCUUUGUUAUGUUAUACAUUCUGCAUUGAUUUAUAAAGGUCUAUUCAUUAACGGACAAGUCCAUCCCAACAAAAAGUUGAUUUGAAAAAAAAUCCAACAAACAUAACCCUGAAAAUUUCAUCGAAAUUCGAUGUAAAAUAAGAAAGUUAUAAAAACAGUUAUGCACAUCCUGGUCGUUAUGCAAAUGAAGAGACUGAUGACGUCAUCCACUCACUAUUUAUUUUGUAUUUUAUCAUAUGAAAUAUGAAAUAUUCUAAUCUUUUCCUCACUGUCAAGUGAAACAAGGAUUAAUCUAUCUAUGAACAUGUGGAAUUAGCAUUGUUUGAUGCUACAUGGUUCAGUAAAGUUGGUCCUUACUGUCAAAUCUGAAAAAAAUGAAAUAUUGUAUAAUUCAAACGAUAGAAAAUAAAAGAAUUAGUGAUUGAGGGACAUCAUCGAACAUCUCAUUUGCAUGUCACUGAAUUGUGCAUAUCACUGUUUUGUGACAAUUAAGCGAAAGUUUAAAUUUUCAUAACUUUCCCUUUUACAUCCGAUUUUUAGUUUGAUUUUUCUCUAUUUAUUCAAAUCAAAAUUUUUUCUGGGGUUGACUUGACAUUUAAGGAAGAGGAUGCCCAUGAAAAUUUAUAUCAUAAGGUAUAUUGGCAACAAUACUUUGACUUUAUUAUCAAAUUCUUUUCUACACAUUUCAUACAUCAUGUAUAUUGCGAUAGGGUAAAAUCCGCCAUUUAACCUCCAGAUUUCCACAAAUCACAACAAACGUAAAAUAUAGAUUUGAAGAUUGGUCUUACCAAGAAACAAACGAAACAAAUAAAAAUGAUGAUAAUAUUGAUUUUAAAAAGAUCCGUCCGUUUUAUGCAAUAUUGAUAUCACUUAAGCUUCCAUUGACUGUAGGCGCUUCACGCUUCAGAUCAAUCAAAAUCCAAUUAUCGCAAGAAAAAUAAGACGUACAUAAUAAGUUUUUUUCAUUCAAAGAGUGAUUACGGGGAUAAUGUAUAGAGAGCACAUCAGUUUCGAUCAACGAAUGCAGAUUGUGUGCCGUUGCCAUCUGGGUACCUUGGUUUCAGUUAUAUUGAGAACUUUUCGAACCUGGGGCCCGUUGCAGAAAGAGUUGCGUUUAAACGCAAGCCAAAAAAUCAAUCGCAAGUCCCAAAUGCGCACUGUCGAUUGGUUGAAAAUCAAGUUACGCAUGAUUUUUAGAGUUGCGAUUGAUUGCAACUCUUUCUGCAACGGGCCCCUGGUAGAAAUAUGAGUCAACCUGUUAACGAAAAUAUUUAUUUAAAAUGAAGAAAAAUCAUUCUAAAUAUAAACCUUGUUUAAGACUAUUUCUUAUUUUUUAAACCUUGUAAUAACUCAAUUGUAACCAUAUCUGACAAUUCGAGUAUACAAAAAUGAUGUGAAUAUAGAAUUGAUGAAAUAAUGACAUUUUGGCUCUUGGGAAUAGAUGAUGUUUAUAUCAUUGCUGUUUUUUUAAUUAUAUCAAUAUUAUUAUCAUUAAUAUUAUUAGUAUUAUUAUUAUUAUUAUUAUCAUUAUUAUUAGUAGUAUUAAUAUUAUUAUUAUUAUUGUGGUUAUUAUUAUUGAUAUUAAUCGCCGCCGUCAUAGUAGUAGUAGUAUCAUAAUAAUCUUUACAGCUGUUAUUAUUGUCAUAAGGAUCAACAUUAUUGAUAUCAAUACUGUUUUAUUCAUAUCAUCUUCCUUGCUCUUGCUAUCAUUGAAAUUACUUUAAUCAUGAUUUCGCAUGUUGCAUGGUUUCUUUCUCACUAGAUUAUUUAAUACUAUUAAUAAUAAUUAUUAAAAUUGUAUCUUUUGGUUCGCCUUAAGAUGAUUUUCUUUUGCUCAAUUUUCUGUAGUGAAUGUACAUAUCCUAGCUUAGACUCUUAUGUUGCGAUUAUUGACAUGUAAAUAUGGAUGUGUCCUAUUAUCUUUCAUAUGCUUUAUUUUCUUUUUUAAAGAAAAUGUUCUCUACUCAAGUCUUUCACAUAUAUAUAUAUAUAUUACAAUCAUUGUAUGAAACAUUGCUGCUGACUACGGCAUAAAAGCAUAAUACUGUGUAUAUACAUGUAAUAUCAGUCAAGCGUAUUAUCCAAGUCUCGUUUUAUGCGUCCAAGCUUCUUAUAAAGUUUCUGGAAAAGUGAAAUCAUGCCAAACGCAAAAUAUAAUUAUUUAGAUAUUUUGGUUUUAUGAUGGAUUUACCUUCGAUGUCUGAUGAUGUAUUUAUUUAUUUAUUUAUCUACUUUUUUAUUUUUUUAUUUAUUUAUUUAAUUUCAAAGAGCGAAUGAUAAGCAUCAUGAAUCUCACGUUUAAUGAGGUUUGUCUUAUCUGAUAAUUUCUGAAGUACCAGACGCUCUCCUCUGCUCCUCAAGCAAUAAAAAUUCAAGGAAAAUUGUCAGUUAUGAUAAUCUAUCGGAUGAAAGAUGUUGAUGAGACCUUCCCCAGAUGUUAAGUUAUACGAAGUUUUAUGACGUGUACAUAUUAUUUUUUUUCCAAAACAAGAUAAAACAAGAAAGUCUGCUCAUGUGUUAAACAUGAUAACGAUAAUGAAACCCUGGGAACAAAUUAGUGAAAAAGGGAAAAUCACAGAAAAAACAAUGAAAGUUUGAGAAAAUAAUAAGACAGUUAUUAGCAUUAAGGUGUUGAGAUUACUGAUAAGAUGGAUAUCCUCAAAUUGGCAAUGCGGGCAGGAAGUGUGAUGUCACACUUCCCCGUUACUUUUUUAUACAUAUUUCACUUCAAUUUUUACUUUAAUCAACUUCAUCCAUGCUGUUGUGCUGUUGUUUCUUUUCAUGUGAGGACAUGUAAAGCCUAUCAUGGACAAAGAGUAUAUAGUAUCAUUUAUAGAAUGGACAAAACAAUAUGUUUUAGGAAAUAUUUUUUAGUGUGCAAAUGAGAGAAUUAAUGUGACGUCAAAAAAUAAAAACUUCAAAAAUUCA